UCUAAACCUUAUAAAUAGUAUUGUCAUGGGUUCUAACACUACCAACAACAACAACAACAAACAACAACAUUCCAUGCAUUAUUCAACCUAUGAAUCUUCUUCAACCACCAACAACACAACUUUUGUUCAAGCUGACCCUUCCAACUUCCGUGCCAUCGUCCAACAGCUUACCGGAUCCCAUAUGACCGCCUCCUCGUCUCAAGGUGGCUCCGUCCGAAGGGAUGGUUCAGAUGGGGCCGGGUUUAAGCUUCAUGAGAGGAGGCAGCAACAAGGUGCUAUUAGGAAGUUGGAGAUGAUCGAGCUUAAUAAUAAUAGUAAUAGUAAUAGUAAUAAUAGUAAUGCCGCUCAUAAUUAUAAUAAUCAUCAUGGGCCCUUAAAUGGGCAUGUUAGGGUUAGAGGAGGGCAUGAUGUGGCUAUGGUUUCGCCCGUUUCGACAUUGGAUGGGUUAAGCCUCGGGAUUAGAAGCCCGAGGACUAACCCUAGGAGUGGUAGUAGUAUGAGUGAGGAAGAAGAAAGGGUGGUCAUUGCUGAGAAAGGGUUUUAUUUGCAUCCGGUUAGUCCUUUAAGUGGUGGUAGUAGAGAUUUUGAGCCUCGACUCUUGCCUUUGUUCCCUCUUCAUUCUCCUAGAGAUAAUGGUCAAGGUUAAAAUAAUUAAUUUAAUUUCUAUGAUUUUGUUUACUUCUACUAUAAAUUAGAAGUAUUAUUAGUUGGGGAAAUAGAAGAAUUAAUAAUUUUUUAAGUCCAUUAGUUUUCUAAUUAGUGGUUGCAUUAUUGUAUCAUAUUUUUUAUUUAUCAUAUAGCAAAAAGAGAAUUGGCAUGGUUGAUUUAUACAAUGUGGAUUGUUACCGCAUGAUGCUUCUAAUGUUUUUUUUUUUUUUAAUCAAUAGUUACGUUUCACAUUUCAUCAAAAGUAGAUUAUAAAAAGGUGUACAGACUAUAUAUUAUAAACGAGAUAAGGUGAUAAGGAUGUUUUGAAAUUUUGAUAAGACAAACAUUUGUGUCUCAAUAAUAAUGAAUGAUAUUGAAAGUCUCAAAAAGCAUGCAUCAACAAGAUGUUAUGGGGUAUAUCUAAUUAAUGGUUAGUUGUAAAACUUGUUCUUGACGUAUAAAAAAUUUAAUACUUUGUAUACACUAAUUUAUACUAAUUAAAUUAGUUGUUUUGUGCGCUAAAUGCAAAAUUUCCAAUAGUUGAUUUUCUUUAGUGUAGGAUUGAAUAAGAUUAAACAUUAUCAAUGUAGCUAACAUUCAAAAUCUUAAUAGCUAAAAAGGAAAGAAAUCACACUUAUUUUAUAAUGAUAGUCUAUGUUUACAUUAAGGAGGAUUUUUUUAUCUUUCUUUUUCUUAGGAACCCAUGGACAACAAAACUUUUCACACCUUUUUUUGCUGCAAGAAAUCUAUAAAUUGUUUAAACUUUCAUAAUAUUUUAUAUGGUUUCAUAUCUUUUAUGCUACAAGAAAUUUGUAAAUUUCUCAAGAGAA